CCGCCGUUCCGACUUUCAGGGGCGCAGGUUCCCCAGCUAAGCCUCCACGGGUUUGACGAUCAGCAAGCCAAGCUGCCAAUUCAACGAUGAAGGAAGGCAGUGCUUUAAAAUUGGGACGUCCAAUGUUCCUUCUCACCAACUGCCGGCGCUUCAGAGCUACACGCCGAACCAGAUAAUAAUAAGCUCGCAUUGCUUAUUUCGACCUUCAGACUUCAUCUGCUUUUGUGCACGACACGUCGCCAUUCUACACCCUCUCAACAAGCUCUCAAACUACGAAGCUUCUACAUUAAGAUGCCUUUCAAGGAUCUACUCAAGAAGAAGGACAAGGCAGAGGCCCAUACACCGGUGGAGGAGGACAGGCCCGAUACGCCCAAGUUCACAUUCAUGCGCACCGAUACAACCACCCAAGAGAUCAUCACCCCUCCUUCGUUCUACGGCGAUGACAAGGCGCCAUCCUAUCUAGAUGGCAAUACCGACUCAAGGACAGGCAAAUUGUUCAAGGCACGCCCCCGCAGCACGUCUGUCGCGUCCACGGGAUCCGCAUCUUCACGCACGAGCCAGAGGUCCAAACAAGACUCUCCCAAGACGAAGCGAUUAUCCCAACGUCUGCAUCUGCGGAGAAGUGAAAUCAGUUCCGCGAGCGUACCGGAUGAUCUGCCAGAGAUCCAAGGGCCAGACGAGGGUCAGGAUGGGGGUGCAGGAGUAGAGUCACAGUGGGAAAAGAGAGCGACGAUUCUGGCCAGAAAAAAUGAGGAAACACAAAGUAGGCCGACAACCCCUGUACCAAGAUCCCCAGCAGGCCUAGAGUCAUUUCAUGACAUGAACAUCAGUGGAAGCCCUGGGAAGGAGAAGAGUGUAGCGUUGACGAAGUAUGCGGACGAUAACAUCCAAGAGGCUAUCAGGCUUCAUGAGGCCGGAGAAUUGGAGACAUCUACACGCAUGUUUGGGCGGUUGGCAGAUCCCAAUGGCGAGAAUAAUGCAUUGAGUCAGGUUUUGUACGGACUUGCUUUGCGGCAUGGCUGGGGCUGUAAUCCAGAUCCAGGAGAAGCUGUAAAAUACCUGUCCGCAGCGGCCUCAAACGCGGCAUCGAUCGAGGACCUGGCGCUCAGGGCGGGCUUAAAGAAAGGGGGAGCAGCUAAGGGCGAGCUUGUUCUCGCAAUUUUCGAACUGGCCAAUUGCUUCCGACAUGGCUGGGGAGUUCAAGUUGACAAAAUUGCAGCCAAACAGUAUUACGAAACGGCCGCUAAUCUGGGCGAUACUGAUGCCAUGAAUGAGGUCGCUUGGUGCUACCUUGAAGGCUUUGGAUGCAAAAAAGACAAGUUCGCGGCAGCGAAAUACUACAGGCUCGCGGAAGAAGGAGGUAGUAAGACCUUGGGCAAUUCCUGGAUCUGGAAGGACAAAUACAAUCCCUCGAACGGUCCCGCGAAGAAGUGAGACUGGACGAGUCCUCAGCCUGAGUUCGCUCGCUCUCGUGUUGCUUAAGUUCCUUCGUGGGGUGGGACAGUAUUCGGUUGGGUCGUUGCGAGACAAGCGGGGUCGCUGCUUGGGUCUCGCUCGUGUUCCCGAACGCCUGCCUCCUCCCUCGUUGAGCCCUCAGCUCCGCAGGUAUCUCGGGCUGCAUAUUCUAUUGUUCUCGGGCUUGAGACAUGUCCUUUCGCGUGACGGUGAUUUGCGAGGCACAGCUAGGGCCCUAUGGGCCGUCUUGGAACUCGGCAAGGCAAAGUGUGGGAUGUAGUAUGGCGCAGACUCGCAGGAGUGGGCUACUUUGGGCCUACAAUUAAAUUCAUUGGGCUUUUCACCGGUUUGAGCUGCAUGAUUUUCCUUGGGAUCGAAGCUUGGUCGGGUGAGAUAUCACGUG